UUGAGUUUGAGUGUAAAAAUUAAUUCAAGAAUUUUCGAUUAACUUUUUUUUUUGCAAAAAUGAAAAUUUUAAUUUCUUCAAUUAUAUUUGUAAUAAUUGCAAUUACAUCAUUUGCUUAUUCGGCUAAUAUAAAAUGUCCAGAAGUAUCUGAAAGUUCUGAAGCUGUUCUAUUACCUAAUCCAAAAAAUUGUAGUCAAUAUUAUCAUUGUGAUGCUGGUGAACCAAUUUUAAAAGAAUGUCCACAUAAAUUACAUUUUAAUCCUAAAUUAUUGGUUUGUGAUUUCCCAAAUCGUGCUAAAUGUAAAUUACAAUAAGGCGGCCGGGUCGGGCCGGGCCGGUCUAACCGUUCAAUUAUUGGAAAAAAAAUGAGGAAUAAAAAUGUUUUUGUGUUGAAUUUAAAGCUACAAUUUUAAUUUAGUAGCAUACUUUAUGGGGUUUUUCGACCAAUAUUAAAAUUAUUUCAAUUUUCUAAAAUUAAAACUGUAUAAAAUCAAAUUGUUUGCAUUUUUAUUUAAAAAUUUCGUAAAUAUUGUGUUGUGCUUUGCAAUAAUAAUUGUUGAUUUCAAACAAACCAUUAAAAUUCUUCUAGACUACACAAUA